CCCGCCAACGACUUGGAUGGUGAAGUUGACAAAAGAGGAAAGGAGGCAGAGGGCGUGGCAAGAGAAGCAUGGCCACUGGAAGAGGUGCAGCAAUUGGUGUGGCUCCCCAUUCACAAUCGUACCCUCAUCCUCUUUCUCUCUCCGCCUCCUUCCCUUCUAUCACCACAUUUUCACUCUCCCGGCGCCACUCUUUUUCUCUCUCCUCCACUAAGGAGAAGAAGCCGCGCGUCAAUCUGCUGCUGGGCUCGGCUGCCGAGCCCACAACCACUUCUUCCCCCUCCUCAUCUCUCCAAAACGAUGCGACCUUCGUUUCUGAUACUGAGUUUUCCCUUGCCAAGGUCUCAUUUGGUGUAAUUGGGCUAGGAGUUGGCUGUACACUUCUCUCAUAUGGCUUUGGGGCAUAUUUUAACAUUCUCCCUGGUUCGGAGUGGUCUGCAUUAAUGUUGACGUAUGGGUUUCCUCUGGCAAUCAUUGGGAUGGCCCUUAAGUAUGCAGAGCUCAAGCCAGUGCCUUGUCUUACAUAUUCAGAUGCCCAACUUUUGAGGGAAAAUUGUGCAACUCCUAUUCUGAAACAGGUGAGAAAUGAUGUCAUAAGAUACCGCUAUGGAGAUGAACAACAUUUGGAGGAAGCCCUGAAAAGAAUUUUCCAAUAUGGUCAGGGUGGAGGAAUUCAACGGAGAAAUGCUCCCAAACUUAAGAUGAUCCGAGAAGAAGCCACUGAAGAAGGAAAGUACUGCUUAGCCCUUGUGUUUGAGGCAAAAGCUUUGCAGUUGUCAGACUUCGAACAAAGACAAGCUAAAUUUGCGUCAUUCUUUGGGCCAGGAAUUACUGCCGAAGUUGGGAAAGGUGAGGAGGAAGGUCUUUAUGAAGUCAAGUUAAUUUCAGAUACGACUCUAUGAAGUAUUCAGCCUGUAAUGUUGAAGCCUACUCUCACUGUAAUAUGCCAUUGUAUGAUUAAAACUGAUCUGUAUAAAACCAAAUUGUGCAUUCAAUAUCAAAAAUAUCUUUGAAGCUUGUGCUUAA